UCUCUUCCAAGAAGAUAUGGAGAAAAUUUGGAUUUUAAUCAAACUUCUGCAACUGUCACGUUGAAAUGGCAGCAAACUGAUUUCUAAAAUCUCUCCCACGCGACCACAUCCCUGGAUCAUCAUUUUCUCCAGUUUCUCUUUAAAUUUCUGUUCGUUAUCGAUUGAACCAAAUCACUCCCAUUCCUUCACGUGUGGUAAGAAUCAGACCACACGGAGAUUAAUUUCAUUUACAUAAAGGGAUUUGGAGAUUUGGUUUUGGAAUCCGGCCGAGAUCGAUGGGUAUUAGCAUGUUUCGUGCUGGAUUUUCUGUUCUUGUUAUUUUGGGUUUUGUAGUGUGCGAUUUGGGCGUUUGUAAUGGCGGAUUCACGAGCGGUUACGUUAGGAAUGACUAUGUGGCGUCGGAUAUGCCGCUCGAUAGCGAUGUGUUCAAGCCUCCUCCCGGUAGAAAUGCCGCACAACAGGUUCAUAUAACACAAGGGGAUCUUGAGGGAAAGAGUGUAAUUAUCUCAUGGGUUACACCGGAGAAACCUGGUUCAAACAGAGUGGUUUAUUGGGCUGAAAACAGUCCGAUUAGAAACAAAGCUGAAGGCUCUGUUGUUUCCUAUAAGUACUUCAACUAUACAUCUGGUUUCAUUCAUCACUGCACUAUUGAGAAUUUAGAGUACGACACGAAAUAUUUCUAUGUGAUCGGGUUCGGAAGUCUAACACGAAGGUUAUGGUUUGUUACCCCUCCUAAAAUUGGCCCUGAUGUGCCUUAUACUUUUGGUGUUAUAGGAGAUCUUGGCCAAACAUAUGAUUCCAAUAAAACACUUACACAUUAUGAAUCAAACCCAACAAAAGGACAGGCUAUGUUGUUCGUCGGGGACCUGUCGUAUGCAGACCGUUAUCCCUUCCAUGACAACACCAGGUGGGACACAUGGGGGAGGUUUGUAGAAAGAAGUGCAGCUUAUCAACCUUGGAUUUGGACUGCAGGGAAUCAUGAACUCGACUAUGCUCCUGACAUUGGUGAAACCGAACCAUUUAAGCCUUUUUUGCAUCGCUACCGUGUCCCAUAUAAUGCAUUGGAUGGCUCGUCUCCGCUUUGGUACUCCAUCAAGAGAGCUUCUGCUCAUAUAAUUGUCUUGUCCUCUUACUCAUCUUAUGUGAAAAGCAGCCCCCAAUACAAAUGGCUGCAGAGCGAGCUGCUAAGGGUAAACAGGGACCAGACUCCGUGGCUCAUAGUUCUUAUGCAUACUCCAAUGUACAGCAGUUAUGUUCACCAUUACAUGGAGGGAGAAAGCAUGAGAGUGGUCUUCGAGCCAUGGUUCGUGAACUAUAAAGUUGAUGUUGUCUUCGCGGGUCACGUUCAUGCCUACGAACGAUCUGAACGAGUAUCAAAUAUAGCAUACAACAUUGUAAAUGGGUUAUGUUCCCCAAUGCGUAACCAAGAUGCUCCAGUUUACAUAACCAUUGGAGAUGGAGGAAACUCAGAAGGAUUAGUAACAGAGAUGACAGAACCACAGCCAAGAUACUCAGCUUACCGUGAAGCCAGCUUCGGCCAUGCCACACUGGACAUAAAGAACAGAACUCAUGCCUACUUCGCUUGGCAUCGCAACCAAGAUGAAUAUUCUGUGGAAGCUGAUGCCCUAUGGCUGCACAAUCGUCAAUGGAUAGCUUCAAAAUUGGCAAAAUCUGCUCCGGUGAGUCACCUUUCAUCAGCUGCCUGAAUCAUCUCUUCUUCUUCAACCCAUCACAGAGCUUUUUCCAUGGCUUAAUGUGCAGAAGAGAAGAGAAAAAAUAAAAAUAAAAAACCCUUAGAAUUGAGCUUUUUCCAUGGCUUAAUCUGUUUUGUUUAUUAUAACUUUCUUUGAAUGUGUGUUUUAUAGUCCAUUUGGCAUGUUCUUCUUUUGUCUCCAUCUUAUUUGGAAGAUUGGAAGUAUAAACAAAAAUAAUUUCAUAUAGCUUUCAAUCC